GUACUCUAUCCACGGAUAUGUGAACCAAAAAAACUGUAAUUCAAAAAUAUAAAGGCACUUAAUAAAAGCCACAGCCUUAUAUCUAACUUUUACUUUGUCUGAAUGCAUAUAACUUACAGAGUAUGUUCACAAGCUCGCACUUGAGUCCGCCUGAAAGGUUAAUCUGAGGGCUUAAAAAGAGUACAUCUUUGACUCAUGUUUUUGGUGUUGUCAGACAGACAGACGCAGAAGAAAACGUGGACAAACCCCUUUACCUUCUGUGCCUAAUGUUUGAUUUAACCGUGUUUGACAGAAAGUUGGUAUUGGGUAAAUAAUAUAACUAAGUUUAAAAGAUACAGCCAUACAAUGACGGAGCAGUCCUCGCUGUUACUACGUAAACAAUUAGCAGAGCUCAACAAGAACCCAGUGGAAGGGUUCUCUGCAGGUCUUGUAGAUGAUGAUGACAUCUAUCAGUGGGAGGUGGUGGUCAUCGGGCCCCAAGACACAUUAUUUGAAGGAGGAUUCUUCAAAGCAACUUUGACCUUCCCACGUGAUUAUCCUCUGAGGCCACCCAAGAUGAAGUUCGUCACAGAGCUCUGGCAUCCCAAUGUGGCAAAAAACGGCGAUGUGUGCAUCUCCAUCCUGCAUGAACCUGGAGAGGACAAGUACGGCUAUGAGAAGCCUGAGGAGCGCUGGCUGCCGAUCCACACAGUGGAGACCAUCAUGAUCAGUGUCAUCUCCAUGUUGGCAGACCCUAACGGAGACUCUCCUGCAAAUGUAGAUGCAGCCAAAGAGUGGCGGGAGGAUCCUGCAGGUGUUUUUAAGAAAAAGGUGGCCCGCUGUGUGCGCAGGAGUCAAGAGAUGGCAUUUGACUAAGAAAUGACAAGGAUGGAAACUGCACAGAGGAUUUGACAAGUGGCAACGCUAAAGUUGAACACUGGGGGCACAACUUUAUCACCAUCAGCGAGCCAACCCUGAGGAGAAAGACUCUUGGAACAGUUUAGAUCCCAUAUUUCUCUCCUGAUUUGUAUCUUGCAGUUUGAAAAUGCUGUUUAGUCGUCAAUUAUAGAACUUAAUGGCUUUCAUGCUGGAAAAGGUACUCGUACUUUUCUGUCACCAUGAUUAGUUUCAGAAGAUGCUGUUUCUGGUCAAGCAUCACAGCGAGAUUAGCAAUAGACUGUAUUAUUUCUCUGUCAUGUACAUACUUGUCAGAUUUUAGAGCAGUUACCUCCUCUGAGAAAUGCCCCACAUUCUUAGUUCAUGUUUACCUAUUUAUUUAAAGUUUGACUAUUAGAGAGGUAUUUCUUUUUCUUUUCAACCUGCCAGACUGAGCCAACAAACCUCACAGUUAUUACAUCAAUUAUGCAAUUUUGGGGUGUUUGCAGUCUCACAAACCAGAGCUGGAAAUAAACAAACACUGGCUUUGCUUUCCCUGCAUGCAGAGAAAGUGUUCCUCUUUUCCCUGAGGGGGGAAACUCAUCACCCAGCACUGCCUUAACUUCAACUGCCAGCAAAGGAAACCUGUCUUCAUAUAAGGACUGCAACUGACUGCUUCUUUUACAUCCAGAGAAACUGUUGUGGACAAACCAAAGAAUAAACCAAUAAAUAUGUUUUUACUGAUAAUGA